AUGUCACGCGCUCAAAAUGGAUGUCGGGGCGGCGGUCGUGGAACCAAGGAACCACUCCUCAUUGACGCGGUCAUUGGCAAGGUGGUUAAACGCAACCGUAGGAACCUCUCCGCCGCCUGGAUAGACUACAAAAAGGCAUUCGACUCGGUGCCUCAUACAUGGCUGAAGAGGGUCCUCGAGCUGUACAAGGUUGACUGUACAGUUCGAGACUUCCUCGGGCAGUGUAUGGGGCAGUGGAGUACGAUCCUUUGUCAUCUAGGCGAGCGGAUGACGGCUGCGGAGAACCACAUAAGGAUAAGAAGGGGUAUCUUCCAGGGCGAUUGUCUGAGUCCAAUCUGGUUCUGCCUCUCUCUGAACCCUCUUAGUACCUUACUGGAGGGUUCCAGGAGGGGAUUUCAGCUUCGGAGAGGAGGUAAAAAAGUGACCCACCUUUUCUAUAUGGAUGAUCUCAAGUUAUUUGCCUCCAGUCGCUCUCAUCUUAUGGAAUUGCUAAACAUCACUUGUGAUUUUAGCAAUUCUAUUAGAAUGGAGCUGGGGACGGAUAAGUGUGCGGUCCUCCAUGUCGAAAGGGGUAGGGUUGCUAACUCUGAGGGCAUAGACUUAUCUAUGCCCAUCAAGAUAAAGACCCUAUCCGAGGCUGAAACAUACCGAUACCUGGGUAUGUCACAGAACAUAGGUAUCGAUGAGGCGGACAUGAAACGGUCAGUUUGCGGUGUGUUUUAUGCACGCUUGACAAAAGUGCUUAACAGUCUUUUGUCGGGCGUUAAUAAGACACAUGCAUAUAACGGUUGGAUCAUGCCUGUUCUCAUGUAUACCUUUGGCAUGCUCAGGUGGACUCAGACCGAACUGAACGCUCUGGAAAAGUCCGCACUAUAA